GUGCAGCCAUAAUAUACAUUACAAGUUGUUGGGUUGCUUGCUUGGACUGAAGGCAGGUGCCAUUCCUCCAUGGCCUUGCUUUUAAGUUUCUGAAUUCUGACUGCCUUUUGUCCACUUUAUACUUAGGUUGUUUCUUAUGAUGUCUGGUAGAAUACUAGAAUGUUUCUGCAUCAGCAAGAAUUGUUUUAUUGGUUGCAGAAAAGAGAACUUUUUUAGUAGAAAGAUGGGAAUGUUUUAGUGUAGAUCAGAAUGGUCUUUCUUGUCUUUCAUUCAAUUCCCAGAUUCCCAUUGCUAUGAAGAUCAAGAAAAGAUCAAAUCUUUACCCCACAGUGCUGAUCAAUCUGUUCGUCGUUCUCAUUUCUCUUCCCAGGCCUGCCAUUGGCUAUGGCGCUGCCUCCACCAUUGCAGUCAGCUAUGCUGCAAACUCAACAGCAGUUGUGUGUGGCAUUUCUGCGGGCGAGGUUAAACAGGGCAUUCAAUGCUACAAGAAUGGCCAGAUUUUUCGCGUUGAGCCUUAUAUCUCCUAUGAGUCUAUAUCAGGGGGUCUUGGCUUCUUCUGUGGCCUAAAUUCAGGCGGUUCGGUCCUUCUGUGUUGGGAAACGAACGCGUUUCUAGCCAAGAGGCUUUACUAUAGCCGGGAAAAACGUUUAAGGGGACUAACUGUGGGGAAUUCCCAUGUCUGUGCUAUUGAGGAGCCUACCGGUUUAGCAUCGUGCUGGAGGUUUAAGAAGUCCGGGGUUGAGCAGAAGUUCGAGACGAUCACUUCGGGUGGAGGGUUUUCGUGUGGGAUUGUGAAGAGCAACGGCAGUGUGUUGUGCUGGGGAACGAGCGGAAUUGCAGGUGAGCUCCAAAGGCAAUUUGGCAAUGCCAAAAUGGAAAGCUUAGCAGCUGGUGAGUUUCAUGCCUGUGGAAUGGCUAAAAAUGGAAGUUUGGUCUGUAAAGGGAGAAAUGGCGGAGACGUUCCUUUUCGUUCUGCUUUCGUGUUUGCAGAUCUCGCGUUGGGUGCCAAUCACAGCUGCGGGAUUCUCAGGAACAAUGGCUCGGUUUUGUGCUGGGGAGGGGGCUCAGAAAGGCUUCGGUUUCUGGACAGUGCAGUGAAGAAUGUUUCUUUCGAGUCCAUAGUUUCUGGCCUGGAUUUUGCUUGUGGAUUGACAACCAAAAACCUUUCUGUGAUUUGCUGGGGGCCUGGUUGGCCUAAAGGGAAUGUUGUUCCCUUGCCAACAAUCAUCCCUGGACCGUGCACCCAAGCCUCGACGUGUUCUUGUGGCAUAUACCCUAAUUCGGAUACCAUCUGUGCUGGUUCUGGAAAUAUAUGCAAAUCCUGUGAUGUUCUUGAGCUUCCAUUUCCAACACUUUUGCCACCUCUCCCACAUUCAGCCCCGAAACCACGUCUGCAUCCAGUUUCUUCGUCUUCGAAAGCUCAGAUUAGGCGUUUUUGGGGGUUUGUCAUAUUCGGAUCACUGGGAGCUUUUGCAGGACUAUGUGCUUUAGCCUACUGCACAUGGAGGGGGUUUUCCAGCACAAUGGAGAGCUCUAGGCAAGCCGGGGGGACGGUUGAGAAUGCGAGUUCUUCCAUGAAUGAAUCGUCGGGCUUAAAGCAUGUUGAGAUAGCAGAGAAGAUGAGAUUCUCGGUGUCAGAGCUAGCUGCAGCCACCGGCAACUUUGCCAUGGAAAACAAGAUUGGCAGUGGGAGCUUUGGCACGGUUUACAAAGGGAGGCUCGGGAAUGGCUGCGAAGUAGCCAUCAAAAGGGGGGAGAUUGUUUCGAGGAAGAAGAAGUUCCGGGAGAAAGAAAACGCGUUUCGCUCAGAAAUCAUGCUGUUAUCGCGCCUUCACCACAGGCAUUUGGUGGAGCUCGUCGGGUUCUGCCACGAAGACGAGGAGAGGCUUCUGGUUUACGAGUUCAUGAGCAAUGGCUCCCUGUACGAUCAUCUGCACAACAAGGCAAAUCUCGAGAAGGGUAGCGAAAAGUUGAAUUCUUGGAAAACUAGAAUCAAACUCGCGCUGGAUGCUGCUAGGGGAAUCGAGUAUCUGCACAACUACGCAGUCCCGCCCAUAAUCCACCGAGACAUCAAGUCCUCAAACAUACUUCUCGACGAGAACAUGACAGCAAAAGUAUCAGAUUUCGGUCUCUCACUCAUCACUGCAGACUCAGAGGACUCCAUGUCGUCUGGAAAGGCAGUUGGAACCGUCGGAUACAUAGACCCCGAGUACUAUGUCCUCAACAUCUUAACAUCAAAGAGCGACGUUUAUGGCCUAGGAGUCGUGUUACUAGAGCUCCUAUCCGGGAAGAAAGCAGUGUUCAGAGACGAAGAAUCAGGCCCUACGGGCAUCGUUGAGCACUUAAGGCCUAUGAUAUCAGCCGGGGAAAUCUCGACCAUAUUGGACCAAAGGGUAGGAUUGCCAAAAGAAAACGAGGUCGAGUCAGUCGAGCUAUUGGCUUACACUGCCAUGCACUGUGUGAGCUUAGAGGGUAGAGACAGACCAUCCAUAAGUGACAUUGUGGCUAACUUGGAGAAAGCACUAUUUCUUUGCCAGUAACAUAUCAUCAGACAAGAUUUAAGGUUGUUGUUGAC